AAUGAAAUGAAAAUUGUCUUUAUUAGAGGCGAAGUUGGACUUAAAGUCCUCUCUACUAAACUAGGGCAGAGGUUUUUAUGUGUGGAUUAGUGUUUGAAUUGUGCAGUGCACAUCUGCUCUCCUGGGCGUUUAGAACAAUAUUACCUGAUUGAAGCAAUGACUGUUUGUCAUGAUGCAAAGUCCCCGACAGACAAAAGGAAAUUGUGUCAGCCUACUGAAGGGUAUGCUUCGAUGACGCUCAACCAAACCCCAUGGAGUGGAAUGCACUAUCAUUGAACUCGGUGGUUCCUGUAUUGAAAUGAAACUUUGAGUAAAAUGACAUGUUGUUAAUUAAGUCGUUGGGCAGCCACUUUAGUGAUAGCGUUUUUGACGCUAAGCCUACAUAAUGACCUAUUUUAGUCCAUCCAAAAAUCCAAUUUCAGAUUAUUGUUUUACAACCAGGAGUUCCUUUUAGUUAUAUAGUUGCCAAUUUCCAUCAUAAUGAUACAAAGUGUCCUCCCUCUAUUAUUUCAGUACUUUCAGCGAAAUCUUAUCAUAUUCUCUCUGCGAAUCUCUCAUCCCAUUUAACGAACUGUCGAGCUCAUACUUUUGCCCUUCCUUUCUUUUCCCUUAUUACCUUCUGUGCCAAACCCUGAAUAAUCAUCUUCCUCGUAAUGCCCUAUCAUCUCAGCCGCCCGAGCUCUCCGCCUUCUUCCAGCAGUGGCUCCUUCUACACUCUUCUUUAUAAGGACCUUAAGGUCCCAUACCUUCUAAUGUUUCUUAAGUAAACUUGUCGACGUGAUGGUACUUUCCUUAGUCAUCUUAAAGUCAUAGGAUUUUUAAAUAGAACAGAAAAUAUAUAUGAUGCCAAACAUGUUAUUGAUUUAUUAAAAUUCUGUUCUGGAAAUUUGCCUCAAAGUGAAUUGAAAUACUGUAUACCCGUACUUUAGUUAUGUACUUAGUUAGGUAUACGUUCUGUGGAUCACGCUAAAAAGCGUAACAAAGAACAGUUUUUCUUCACUUUUAACCGUAGUUGUUUAAAAUUAAAUUCUUAUAUUAGCUUAAUAUUUGAAAUCACCGUUGCAAGAACUAUUCUCCAAUAGAUAGACCAGUGCGAUACAAUAGUUAUUUCCUAGAGAAUGUCUUUGCCAAACAUGAACUGUGAUGUUUUAGCUAUAUCUAACUUUACUAACAAAUCUGCUAGAAUGUUGAUGUCGAUAUUAUUCAUCCUAGAAACGGUGUUCAUUUUCAAUUAAAUGUAAAUGCCUAAGUUCGUUAUGUUCUGUUUAAUAUAACACUACCAGAUUGCAAAUAAAAUUCUCCCUUAUCACGUCACGUUGAGACACUAUGUGCAAUGUACGUGACAGCAACGUGCGGUGCACUGCAGUUAGUGCGCCUGGACUAGUGACGCACGUGCGAUCGUACACUUAACCUUUGAACCCACACUCAGUGACUCACUUCCUCUCCAUGCCCUGAUAAGCUUAUCGCUUCUCCUCAACACCAGGGACUCAGCUUCGCCCCCCCUCCCUACAACGUGCCGCCGCAUCCAUAGCGUCCAGUAGUCUUCGACGUGGUAUCUUCUCGAGUGGUAGUGUCCUGUGUAGUGUUCAGUGUGUUCUGUUUGUUGUGAUGGUGUCUGUUGCACUCAAGGAGAGGGGUCUGAGUGAAGUUUGUCUACAGGGGAUGGAGACAGAGCAUACCAUCGUAGCAUCAAGUUCAGCCCCUACUACCGUCACCACAGUUGCCCCCUUCCAUUACCUCAUCAACGAACAGGCCAAGUCCAUUGCAGCCCUACAGGAGCUACAGAAUGAGGUCACAGCAUUACUGGAAUUCCGGGACCUGGUUAUGGAAACGUUCCCUCACCUGCGGACCAAGACGGAGCCAUCCACCCCUAUUGCACGGCACGGGACAGCGUCACUGCAGAAUAGCAAACGGGACUGGGAACCGGGCAUCCGUGUGCGGCGUAAGCUGCGGGAGCAGGAGACGUCCCUGGUGCCCCGCAGUCGCAGCAACAGUCACGGCAAGGCUGGGCGCAGUGAGGCAGGGAAUAGUGGCAGCAGCACUGGCAGCAGCGCAGUACAGGACUCUGGCUUCUGUACAGAGAGCAAAGAGCACUGUUCCACCUCUACCACUACCACCACCACCGUCAGGAAAACGGACCAAGAUCAGGAGGCGGAGGAUGAACUGUGGACGCUGCUGGAGCUCAUCCACCGUAAAGGCACCAAACUGCGACUAGAGGUCGAACAUCUUCAGGAGAAGUUUGAUAAGAAAGACGAUGUGCAGGAGAGACGAUCCAAGAGUUUAGAGGAUCUUAGAAGAGGAAGGGAACCGCCACGGACUAGAUGUGAUGGGGUGUAUGAAGUGGAAGUGGAGGGUUUGCGCAGGGAGAGGGAUAUGUUGUUGGAUAGGGUCACUGAAAUGGAAGCUGAAAAUCUUGCCAACCUCGCUCAGACCAACCAGCUCCUUGCCGAAAUGGGAGCUCUAACUGCAGAGAAACGUGAUUUAGAAGAUCAAUUGAGAGCGGCUAUUCACACAAAAACUGAACUUAAUAGUAGAAUCCACGAUUUGCAUUCUCAGUUUGUCAGUAGAUCAGAUAAUAAAUUAAGUAAAGCUCUUAUUUCUCCUUUAGCUGUACAUAGUAAAGGAAUUCAAAAAUUAGGAUCUAGUCAAUUUGUUGGGACAGGAUCUCAUUUUACUCCGGUCAAGAGGUCGUUGUCCAAUGAAGAGACUGUGUCAAGUGCCGACGACAGUCCAGGUAUUAAGGAAUUCCAAAGACUUAAACAGCGAGAGGAACAUCCCAAUCGGCUCAAAAGGACAAGCAAGGAGUUAACUGUCUUGAAAUCAGCAGAUUAUAGUGAUUCCGAGGACGGUUUGAAAAUUGAUGAUUCCCCAAAGUUUUCUACUCCAAAAUCAGAUAAAGUGUUUAUGUUAUCCCCACGGUUUUCAUGCAGUGGUAGUUCAAAUCCAGUGUCUGAAAGAUUGAACGCAAGUGAUUCCAAGUGUGUUCAUGUGCAUGGUAAGCUGGGAACCCUGGAUGGGGUGGUCAGCUCUCCUUCCAACAAAAUCAAAGGUGCCAAAGGUGUUCUUCCAGACAAAGAUAAGACUGCAGCCAUCCUGAAGGAGAAAAAUGUUGUGGAGUUACAACGCCAUCUGCUCACUACAUCUUUUGAAAAUCAGGUGGCCAGACACAAAAUGCAACAGUUAUCGACGUCCUGCAAGGAUCUCUCCCUGCAGCUAGACCGAGUCAGGGAGGAUAAUGAGGAUCUCAGGUUUCAGCUGGAAGAGAAGAGCAUCGAGCUGGAGGGAACCAGGGCGCGGGUGCGACUGUUGGAGCGUCUGCAAGCAGCAAAGCUAUCAGGAGAGUUGACCCACAGCCAUACUCUGCCCCCGCCAAGCCACGAGAGUCCCCCUGCCCCCCUCCUGCCCCGCCUGGCCCUGCCCCCUCCCCUCCCUGCCACCGACCACUCGAGCAGCACCGAGUCCGCCCAUCACGAUGACAUCAACAGUCCCAGGAGGAGGCCACCCAGCAAGAUCCCCCUCAAGUCGUACACGGCGCCCAAACCCCCUUCUGGGAAACCGGUAGCGGCCGUGAGGACUACCACCAAGAUUAAGGACACCACUCCAUCCUGGGGUAAGAAAGAGAAGAACUGGGAUCCGGUGACGAGGAGUAUGAAGGACAUCUCUGCUGGCAAGCGGGAGUCCCCGAGACCUGCCAGUCGAGAGAGUGUCAACACGUCCUCCAACAUCAACCGAAGAGUCCGUAAAACCUCCAACCAAGACGGUAGUUUUUCCUCUACCAAUUCCACCCCGUCCAUUCGGCGGGACCCCCCCUCCUCCCCAGCUCCCAAGAAGAUUCCCCAGAGAGACAGGAUUAUUAGCUCAGAUAGUGAGUCCAAGGCCAGACCAGUCUCGGAGUACCCCGACUCUCUCAACACAGAUGAGCCCCGAGCGUCAGAGGUCAGUAGCCAGGAGCUGGACAGGUCGCUGCCGUCGCGUGUGUGGCGUCACUCGGGCAGUGACACGGAGUACUUCGACAGCAUCGACAACCACUCCAGCUGCUACCAGUCCGCCGGCGAGCGGGAAGCACUGGCGGACUGCGACUCACUGGAGACGGAGCUGGGAGACCUCGUGUGAUUGGGGCGUGCCUCUGUUCAUGUUGAUUAAUUUGGUGCCAUUUUGUCGCCGCGUUUUUAGAUCGUGUCUGAUCAUUGCAACUCUUCACGUAUAUCAACUUAAAUUUGUGUAUCUUUCAAGUAGCAGAAUAUUUAAAGAAAUGUUUUGAAAGUAAUUGUUGUAGAUAAAGAGGAUUUGUAUCUGAUCACUUUUGCAACGAGGAAUUUGACACAGCACACAAAAUUCAGGAAUUAAUUUGGAACGUAAAACGGAAAAGAGAAUUUCAUAAAAAUCAACAUAUCGAUAAAUUCAAUAAUUAAAGCUUGUCUGAUUAAUAAUUUCAGUAUUUGCAAAAAAAAAAAAAGAAUUUCUUAGUUUUUAAUUUAUGUAGUUACUUGGAAGAAAGAAUUAUUACACAGAUAUUGUAUUCCGAAUCUCUCACUUAUUCAUAAUAAUGCUUUUCAAAUUCAAAUAAAGUCCUCAUUAAAAAAAUGCAUGUGAUGGAUUUCAACAGGAAACCUGUGUUUAUACCGUAAAAGUUUCAAAAAUCAGUUUUUCUUAUUGAAAAGUCUAAAUUCAAUGAGCAAUAAAUUUGUAAUUUAAAUAGGAUUAGAAAAUAUAACAGGUUUAAAUAUUCCUCGGGACUUUGAGGGCUGUCAAGAAAGUCAUAUACAUUUAGGAUGAAGGGAAAGCCUAACACAACAAAAAUACAUAUCAAGGAAUGUUCUUAAAUAAUUUUUCUAACUAUAUGCCAUCAAAUUUACACCCGGAUAUACUGAAUCAACGGUGAGCUUCUCUAUAAGAAUAAUGUUUAACCUAGAAUCAUUCAUUCUCUUAUAUUUGGCCACACAGUUUAGCAAGAUCUCGUUUUCAACUUGCAACUAAUAUGCAGCCAAAACCUCUUUGGGUUUUUUUAUAAAAUAUUUCAUAUUUAGUGACCAGGAGUGAUUAAAUCGUUAUAAAAAAACAAUUCAUUUAAUCCAUAUCUUGAAAAUGGGAAAUAUCUUGUAAAACUUUCUGACCAAAUAUAGAUGGUUUCUAGGUAGAAUGGUUACAGGUUUACCACUUAUCUUUUUUUUUUUUUUUUGAGAAAAAUCAAGAUGGCUGCCAGUAGAGCUCUUAAGGUACUUACUAUUAUCAUAAUGUUGUUUAAGCCCAAUUUCAUAUUUUUUAAUUUUGUCGUCUAAGAUUCAUUGAAGCUUGUCUGCAUUUCAUGGACGUUUGAAAAGCAAUGUUUUGUAAGCUAUUAUUUCCACAUACAAUUUCAUAUAGUAAACUUUGGAAGUAUUAGGGAAAUGGAACUAGGGAUUUUAAUUAAUCGUAGUUUUAUCUUUCAUAAUUUAUUUUCAAUAUUAGUCACAAUAGUAGAAGAAAUACUAUGGUCCAAAGUGUGACUUUGGCCUUCAACUUUUCACUCACACUCAUAAUUGGUGCUUCUAAAGCAAUUUAAUUCCUUAAUUAUGUACUAAAGAUCUGUUACAAUUUAUAUCUGAUUACUACCGGAAUGUCUUAGGAUCCAAUAGUGUUUGCAAUUUGAAAUGCUUAUAAAUUUCCAAUUCUAAGUUCACCCCACUAUGGUUUCUGUCACAUUUUCCAACUGAUAAAAUAGCUUCGGUAAAUAGUGUUGUCAGGAAGAGUUUGCGACCGAUUUCUACUGCUAUCUCCAGCUUGUGUGAAUUAUCAAUGAAACUACAUAUUUCUCCUGAACUCGUCCGUCAUUGGUGUACAUAUAUGCAAAAGUGUUUCUCGUGGUGCGUGUAUCACAGAGCUGGAGAUGAAUAUUAAACUGUUAAUUGCGUAAGUAAAGGAAAAACUGUUUUAUAGAAAUUAAACUAUACAAAUUGGAAAACCGAAUUCACGGAGAUUGUAAAAUUUUUAUUAAUUUUACAAUUUAAAUAAACACUUAAAAGUACAACUUUUACUUAAAGUAAUUGCUGAUUAACCGCAAACGAUUAUGUUCCUUAUAUUUGAAAACGUUAAUUUAGGGUAUUUUCUAAUUCAAAUCCAUUUGAUAUACAAAAAAACAAAAAACAAAAAUUGGUUUAUAUAAAAAUAUAUGAAAAAAAUUGAUACACGGGAUGUGGUGACCUUAAUUAGGGUUCAAAAACAAUUGUAAAUUGUGCAUUAGAUAAAAGAGUGUGUUAAGUAACGACAUAAAAUUUAAUUUAAAUAAAUAGCCUCGGAGAAAUAGUUUUUAAGAAUGCUAAAAACUUGGUAUAUCAUAUGAAUAAUUUCUUGUAAUUUUGUUUUUCUAAACAUAUCAACAGACAAGGUGAUUUUUAAAUUGGGUAUUUUUAACUGCUUCUCAGUUUAAAAAUGUAGUGGAUAAAAGGCAUGAUAUGUUAGGCUUUGGGUGUUCCUGCUGUAUAAAUUAAACUAAAACCUACUUUCUCAUCGAUGCCAAAUGCUGGUGUUGUAUACUCAGCUGACCAGAAAGUUUAAAAUAUGCCUACGUGGUACACAUGAUGAAUUGAGUUGAAACUGGACCGUUCAGAAGCGAUGCAUUUAUUUAUGGCACCACUUUAAACACUGAGGCAACAUCCAGGCACUUGUGGUUGCUACUGUGGCAACAUCCAGACACUUGUGGUUGCUACCGUGGUAACAUCCAGACACUUGUGGUUGCUACCGUGGCAACAUCCAGAGACUUGUGGUUGCUACCGUGGUAACAUCCAGGCACUUGUGGUUGCUACCGUGGCAACAUCCAGACACUUGUGGUUGCUACCAUGGUAACAUCCAGACACUUGUGGUUGACAGUUCCUCAAGAUCACUCACUACAAGAACUUGCUCUAUUAGUGCUAUAAUUGGAUAGUUUUUUUACAGAAACUCUUGAGGCUCACCAUAUCUCAGGAUAUUACCUUAAAAAUACAACUUUUUACAUGCAUAAACUCUUGUACGAUAUUGUAUUUCUAAAUGGUUUGAAAAUCGUAUUUUUGAACUCGCUAAGUAGUUAAUAGAUAGUUGCAUUAAUGUUCUUUCUUAAAAUAUUUUAAAAUUAAGAAGUUGGAGGAAAGUGUUUAUUUUUCUUAUUCAAAAUUAAAUUGUAUUACUUUCUUGUUAUGUUUGUUUUUCUGUACCUCGAAGGUAUAUAGUUUGUUGUAAGCCAAAGCACUCCGUAUAGGAGUAUAAUAUAGGUAAAAAAAUUAUUAAAAUAAAUUUAAUAUGUUUUAUAUUGUUUUUCCUUUUUAUUUAUUGUUAUCGCAUUUUUGUUUUGAUCUCUAUGAUUUUUAUUUAACAAAUCUGUUUUAUUUAUUUAUUCGUUUAUUUACUGUUAAAUCGCAUAAAUGUAAGCAACCCCAAAUUAAAAUUAUUAUAUCAGCAGUCAAGUGAUGAUCGUUUAUCGUUGUAGUGCAGAAACUAUUCCGGAAGGUUAUUAAUUAUGUUCACUAGUAAAAUUAAUUGGAACCAUCUGCUUGGAGGCUGUAGUAGCAAAGUUUUUUCCAUCCACACGUUUUUGAUAGUUUUAAUUUUAUACUAUUUUCUAAACUUGAAACAAAAUGUUUUAACUUAUUUUUGUAAAUCUGAAUGUAAAAUGUGUUUAAAAUUUAAUGAUAAACCUAGACAUGUUUAUACAUACUAUUCUUAGUGUUGUUGUCCGAUGUUUUUCUGGAAUAUUGACAAGAAUGGGUUUGACUUGAUUCAAACUUUCACUCAUAUCUUGCCUUUUCCGGAUGUACCCAAAACCGAUUUUAAACUAUUUCAUUGCCAAGUUUGUUUAUUCGAUACAGAUUCAAAGAGUAACAUGUUUAUGUUAUUUUUGGAAGUUUAACACAUUUUAAGGUAUUAUUUUCCUAGAGCUAUAAGACUUUGUCUGCAUCAGAUAUUGUAGUGCUAAUGAAAUUUGUUUAUUAAUAUUUUAUAGACAGAUUACGUUGUGUUUUCUCUGGAUUUAUUAUUCUAUGAUCGUUUAAUAUAUUCAUGUUCAUGUUUGUUAUCCACGUUUUGUUUAUAUUUUGCUUAGUAUCUGAUUUUCUGUAAAAUAAUUGUGUUUACCAUAUUAUUUUCCAAUUAUUCAAUUGAAUUGAAUUAUUUAGAUCACUCUUUAAGUGUUACUGAAACUUAAAUUGUAAUUGUGAUUUACUAUGAAUAAUGGCUAAUUAAAAGUAGUGAAUAUUCCUGCUCUCAUUUGAGCAUAAAACGUUCUAGACUGUUUUGCUUGAAAAAUUUUCUUAAACUAUUUUGUUUUGUUGUAACAUUUUGUAAUUCUUUUAUAUUGAGACUGAAUAGCAGAGAAUGGAUGUAUGAUUUCCAUUUUAUAAGAAUUAAAAGUGUAUACCAGUUUUGAAACGUAUGCUUUCCGAUAGUUGCAUUCUUCUAGCCAUAGUACUCCAUUAAUCAUAUAUUGAACUAGUAAAACAAGUUGAAUGUUGUUUAAGAAAUAGACCCUUUUCAGUGUUAUCAAUCACGUCUUUGUUGAUUGUAUAGACAAAUUUAUUUUUUCACUUUUUUAUACAGCUUGGUUUUUUAAUACUCAGAAUUUUUCCAGAUUUUAUACGCCAUAAGUUAAAAAAUUAAAAUUGUAUUAUUUGAUCAAACAAUGCCAUAAUGCAUAAAACUUGAUGAUAGACUAGAUUGUUGUAGUUGUUUACUAUUCCAUGAGUACACUAUAGGUGCCUGUUUGUAUAUAUAUACAUAUAGUGACGAAGCAUUUGUAUAUACACUCCACGUUUUUUUCUGUGAUACUUUAGGCAUACAAGGCAGGCUAGUUGAUUAGGAUUGUAUAGCAAUAUAUUGUGUUAAAAGAGUGUUGUUUUGUAAGUGUUCCACAUUAUUAUGGUUUUGUAUGAUAUGUAAUUUUGUUUAUAUCAAAUACAGUCUUUUAUUUUAUGAUUCGUA